ACCCGCCUUCCAGGGAGGUGGGUGGAGCCAUGGCGGUGGCCGUGGGAGGGCCGGACGUCUCUGUGCUGUGGGACUCGCGAAGAAACAAAUGGCAUCUGUCUCAGUGGACUGCUGUGAGGACUGAUGACUAAACCUCAUCUUAAUAUGGCAUAUAGAAGAGUAAAUGGGCAUGGACAGUCCCUCACAUCUAAACCCUCUCAUAUUGAUUGUGGAAUCCAUCAGCUGCGUAGAACUGGAACACAUAACAUCUGCAUGGUGUCUGAUUUUUUUUAUCCAAAUAUGGGAGGAGUGGAAAGCCACAUAUACCAGCUAUCUCAGUGUCUUAUUGAAAGAGGACACAAAGUCAUAAUUGUUACCCAUGCUUAUGGAAAUAGAAAAGGUAUUCGAUACCUUACCAGUGGCCUCAAAGUAUAUUAUUUACCGCUAAAAGUCAUGUACAAUCAGUCUACAGCAACAACCCUCUUUCACAGUCUGCCUCUUCUCAGGUACAUAUUUGUUCGGGAGAGAGUCACCAUAAUCCAUUCACAUAGUUCUUUUUCUGCCAUGGCCCAUGAUGCACUCUUUCACGCCAAGACAAUGGGCCUACAGACAGUCUUCACAGACCAUUCUCUUUUUGGAUUUGCUGAUGUCAGCUCGGUGCUUACAAACAAACUUCUAACUGUAUCACUUUGUGAUACAAAUCAUAUAAUUUGUGUCUCUUACACUAGCAAGGAAAACACUGUUCUAAGAGCAGCAUUGAAUCCUGAGAUAGUAUCCGUCAUCCCCAAUGCUGUAGAUCCUACUGACUUCACUCCAGACCCAUGUAGAAGGGAUGAUAGUGUAAUAACUAUUGUUGUUAUCAGCAGGCUUGUUUACAGAAAAGGAAUUGAUUUGCUUAGUGGGAUAAUACCCGAACUCUGUCAGAAAUAUCCAGAUUUAAAUUUCAUAGUUGGAGGAGAGGGGCCAAAGAGAAUCAUUUUGGAAGAAGUGCGGGAAAGAUACCAACUACAUGACAGAGUACGUCUUCUGGGAGCCUUGGAACACCAGGAUGUUAGAGAUGUCUUAGUUCAGGGGCACAUCUUUCUAAAUACUUCUCUUACUGAGGCUUUCUGCAUGGCAAUUGUGGAAGCAGCAAGUUGUGGUUUACAGGUUGUGAGUACCAGGGUUGGUGGAAUUCCUGAGGUACUACCAGAUAAUCUUAUCAUUUUAUGUGAACCAUCAGUAAAAUCUUUGUGUAAUGGCUUAGAAAAAGCUAUUUCUCAGCUGAAGUCAGGAACAUUGCCAGAUCCACAAAAAAUCCAUAACAGAGUGAAAACAUUCUAUACCUGGAGGAAUGUUGCAGAGAGAACUGAAAAGGUGUAUGACAGAGUGUCUAGGGAAGCUGUGUUACCAAUGGACAAGCGGCUGAACAGGCUGAUCUCUCACUGUGGCCCAGUGACUGGCUGCACCUUCGCUUUGUUGGCUGUGUUGAACUUCCUCUUCCUCAUUUUCCUGAGGUGGCUGACUCCUGAUUCUAUCAUUGAUAUUGCGGUUGAUGCUACAGGACCGCAGGGGGCCUGGACCCAGCAGUAUUCUUUUAGUAAAAAGGGGGAAGACAAUAAAGAGAUUUCAAAAUCAAGGUAGAAAGAAGCCUGCUUUUCAAGAUUUUUAAUAGUUCAAUAAUUCUUCCAAAAUAGUUUGAAAUAACUUUACUUUUUUUUAUAUUGGUUGAGAAAUUUAUGCUACCUCCAGUUCAUACUAUGUUUGAUUUUGAGUCAAGAUCCUGAACUUAUGCAAUUUCCUGGGACGAAAACUCUUUGCACUUGUUUAAAAUUCAGAAGGGAAAAUUUUGAGCUACUCAGGUGUAAAACUUCCAAGACUACUGAAUUCACUGUAACAGUGGUGUUUUAAGAUUAUACUUUGGGGGCUUGUGGGCACUGAUGGGCCAAGUUCAUUAUUAUCUGGAGUUUUCUUUGCCAAUGUUGAAUAUUGUUCUUUUUAAUAUGAAUUUGAAAUUCAUAAAGCAUUUAUAGAAUUUGCUUGAUGUAUUUUAAGUACAGUACUUGUAGCAUAUGUGCUGGGUAUAUAUUCAGCAAGUGUUAAUUCUUCAACCAUUAAGAUGGGCACCUUGACCAGUAAAGCAAUAUUUGUUGAGCCACCUAUUGUGUGCAGAACACUAUACUAGAUGCUUUCUAUAGAACACUGGGACCACUUACUAGCAUAGUAGCAAUUUAUUAAUGGUACUGAAAAAUAGCAUGCCUCCAAAUGUUUUUAAUGUGUCCCAAAAUAACUCUUAAUCUCAGUAAAUUGCUAGCAAGGGCUGGCUGAAUAAUCCUGUUGUACUGUUGGAGACACUCAUCUAGGCAGUGCCUUUGUCUUUUUGUUUUUGUGUUUUUAUAAAUUUUAUUUAAAGUUGGCCAUUAGUUUCAAAUGAAAUUUGAAAAGCUCAUAUGGAUUUUUGUCCUUCUGGAAAUGCUAACUUAAAAAUGAAGAAUGAGAUGUACUUUACUUUUAAAUAUUUGUUAAAUAUUUAAAAUAUUUAUUUAAUAUUUAACAAUAAAUAUUAAAUAAAUAUUUAUUAGGGACCGAUAUCACUGUUUAGCAUAGGGCAGAGGCACAUUCCAUUAGCUUUCAUAUAUAACUUAGUCCUUUUUCUGCAGAUGACUCAAUUUUAAUCUGUCUUCAGCAGAAUUUAGUGGUUGUUCCAAAGAUGGUGAUAAUUAUGACCAUCUGCAGUGCUACACAUUUAAUCGUGGUCAUUUAGACUUCUCUUCCUUUGUGAUCUUGUUUACAUUUGAAUAAAUACUUUGAAUGGUAGUAGUUCAAUGGUUUUUUCCUCUGGAAUUUUUGGUUCUCAACAAAUACAAACUGAAAAUUAUCAGGAGAUAGGCACUGUGUUGAUGGAUGUGCUCCGUUAUAAUAGUUUUUGCCUCAGAGCCAUGGGUUUCCUAACCCCAAACUAUCCCUAUAAUCUAUAUCUUUAAUUUAGUGAGCAUUUCUUUGAAAACUUGAGAAUUUUUUCUCAUAAAGCACUGUUUGACAUUAAAGAGAUGAUGACUUGUGCAGACUUAGACUCAGCAUUCUGGCUAUGUACCAGAUAUUUUCAGAACCUUUUUUAAUGACAGAACACAAAAGUUUGGAUAGUUUUUGUACAAGUAUCCCGUGCUGUGAAUAUUUUAAUUUCUCUUCCCAUUGUGGUAUAAAAAGAACACUGCAUUUUGUUUUUACUGAAAAGGGCUUGAUGAAAAGAACACUAUAAAAUCUUAAAAUUAGUUUUUUCUCCUUUGUUGAAGAAAAGUAUUGAUUAUUGGUAUUAUUAUCUAAAAGUCUUGACAUUGACUUUUCCUUUUAUUAGACUGUGCUGGAUGAUAUGAAUAUGAAAUGUGAGUGUCAGUAUAUUGGGGAAAAAAUUGUUGAGAAAAUGUUGAAUUUUGGCUUUAUUGAUGCCAUUAAUCAGUUUUUUAAAAAGCAUAUUAUUAUCUUUCCUAACAUUUAACGUUCCUUUUGAAACAUUCUUUAAAAUUGUUAAACAUUCAUGCCUUAAAUUAAGGUAGAAAAAACUUUACAAUUCCUUAACAUGCUAUGGAAAUUAAACUAAUUUUUCUUUUAAUGAAUCAUGAAAGAAGUGAAACUUGCCUUCUCCUUUUGGAUUCACAUUUCUUGAGUUUCCCAAAUACACUUAUUUUAAUUGUGUUACAGUUGCACUGGUCAGUAUCUAGAAACAUACCAUAUUGUUCCUCUCUUUACUCUGGCAUUGUAAAAAAAUUAACUUGCUUUGGUAAAGCAUUUAGAAGAAAUCCUAUGCUGAUUUGCAUAUUGGAGAAGUUAAACUAAGUUUUGCUCAAUGAAAAGAUAUGCUAUAUUUAAAAGUCUAAUAACUAAAAACAAUUCUUUUUUUGCCAGAAAAGUGUAGUUCAAGAUGAGAAAUCUCUCUUUUAGCACUAUCAGAUUAUCAUUUGUUGGUUAGUAAGGAAAUUCCCUUAAAUUACUUAUUAUGCAACACAUUUUUUCUUCUAAUCAUGUGGAGUAGCAGGUUCUACUUUGUUCCUGCAUUCUGUGCGUCCAACAAGUACUAAUUUUCCUUUAAAACAGAAAUGGAUGGAAGAUACUUUCUCUCAUGUUUUUGAACUACAUUAUUGUUGUACCAUGUGAGAGAUUUUAAGAGGAAUUUGUAUUUAGGCUUGGUUAACAUAAGUUGAACUUUUUUAUACAUUCUUUUUUUUCUGAAGAUGCUAUAGAUAAGACUGAGUGAGAACCUGACUUGUUACAAAUGAAUUAGAUUUAGAUUUGUAAAAUUUUUCUAAAUACAGAAAGAAUGCUUUGGAGCAAAGAUUAAAAUUUAAAAGAAAAAUGACAGAGCCAGUUUAGUCAUUAAAACAACACACUGUACACAUGUAUGCACUCCUAUUUUCCACCAAAACAUUUGUUUGCCAUUGUACAGAUCUAUGCUUACUUUUAUGAAGUAUUUUUAAAAGCCUCCACAGUAUUCAUGUAUUUCUCUAUCCGUUCUCAAAAUUUAGAUGGAUUAAUAUUAAACUAUAUUGUGACUAGGGUUUU